ACCUAUUGUUUGACAGGUCGUUGGAAUGCCUAAUUGUCAUUAUUUGACGUUUGAUUAUCAUGGUGGAUUUUAAUUUUUAAUACGGAAUUCAGUGGCAGAGGUGAAAGUUCAAGGAUUAAAAAUAAUUAUUUCGCGAUUAAACCACACUUAUCUUAUAUUGUUAUAAAAUAACAAUAAAAAAUUUGAUGACUAAUUUAUACACGAGCAAAAAUCUAAUCUUCAACUAGUUAUCAAAUGUUGUUUAUUCGACAUAGGUAUAUAGGUUAUCUGUAGAACAAGAAUAUUUUUGGCAAUUUCAAUUUAUUAAGGAAAUGCUGGUAAAACAACCAGAAAACCAAUCAAAACAAUGUGAGGAACCCAGGUGAAAGUUUACAUGAUUUAUUAUUAAUAUUAUAAAUAAAUUAAUUUAUUAAAUAAAUAGAUAACUUGUUGAAGAUUUUAUAAUGAGAUUAUUAAAUAAAUUAUUUUUCUUUGUCGCUUCUCCAUGCAUAAAAAUAUUGUCUAAGGUAUAUUGUGCAGUGGUAUUUACAGUAUUAAGCUGGGUGAGUCCGAACUGGCUAUCAUGGAAUAAAUACUCUGAGAGUAUGUUAAGAUCUUUAGAAAAACGAAUAUUAAGUAUUGUUAAAACUCCUCAUAAAGGAUUUUUCGUUGAUAUUGGACCUGUUGUUGGUCCCGCUGAUAAAAUAUGGACCAUUUCGUUGAAUACAGAGUCUCCAAAGACUCCGUUGGUGCUACUACAUGGUUUAGGGGCUGGAGUAGCACUUUGGUGCUUAAAUUUGGAUGCUUUUGCUGCCACCAGACCAGUUUACGCUAUUGAUCUUUUGGGUUUCGGUCGCUCAAGCAGACCGAAAUUCAGCCUCCACAGUCAAAAAGCGGAACAGCAAUUCGUCCAAUCCGUAGAAGAAUGGCGAAAGGAAUUGAAACUGAAAGAAUUCAUCCUUGUAGGCCACAGUAUGGGUGGAUUUCUAGCCGCCUCCUACGCCAUCUCUCAUCCAGAUCAAGUUAAACAUCUCGUAUUAGCUGACCCUUGGGGCUUUCCAGAGCAAACCGGUGAAUUUAAAGAAAUUCCGCUUUGGAUUAAAACUAUUACGUAUAUAAUGAAACCGUUUAAUCCAUUGGCUGGUAUCAGGGUAGCAGGACCGUUAGGACCGUGGUUUAUUAAUAGAAUCAGACCAGAUAUAUCCAAAAAGUAUGCAGUAGCGUUAGAUGAUCAUAAUUUAAUAACUGAAUACAUAUAUCAAUGCAACUGCCAGUAUCCCAGUGGUGAAGGCGCUUUUCAUUCCAUGAUGUCCGAUUUCGGUUGGGCAAAGAAUCCCAUGGUUAGACGAAUAGACAGAUUGAGGGAAGACGUUCCUAUUACUCUUUUGUAUGGAUCUCGGUCGUGGAUUGAUCAUUCCGCAAGUGAUAUUAUUAAAGACAAGAGAAUGAAUUCGUUCAUCAAAAUACAUGUGGUAACUGGAGCAGGACACCACGUGUACGCCGAUAAACCAGAGGCUUUUAAUCAAAUAAUCCUCGACGCCUGUAGUUUGACAAAUUCCAAUGUAAAUUCUAACCUAGCUAUUGAAUCGGCGCCUAGAGAUCAUGCUGAAACGGAUGAACCAGAAAGUGAUAGCAAGCAAUAAUGUUUUUUUAGUUUUUUUAAAUUAUUUUUAACUUAUUGUAUUAUUUUCUAUUUAGUUUAUUUUUUUAACAGUACAAGGAUAAAUUAGCAGUAAAUAUGAAAAUGAUGGGACUAAUAUUAGGUAUUGCCUUUUUGAUAUAAUUCAAUUUUAUUUUUAAUUAACGGAUUUUUUUAAGCACCACUAUUAUUACAUAAAUUGAUCUACUUAAUACAUUUACACAAAUUUCCAAUAAAUGAUUGUUGUAUUAUUUUAAUAGAAAUUAAACAAUUUUUUUUUUUAUUAUUAUUAUAUAAGUAUUUUCCAAUUGUUAAGUUUGCAGUAGUAAUGGAAGGGCUGUGACGCAGUACAAUGAUAAUAUAAAUAUUUUUUUAUUUACAUUUCGUCUUAUUCAAUCCCUUUUUAAUCAAACAAGAGUCAGAUCAAAAUAUUACGAGUGUGGAAAGUGACAUUUUUCACACGAGUGGGAAAUAUUGUCGCACGAGGCAUACUCCGAGUACGAGAAUUACAUGAGUGGGAAAAUAUGCUUCUACACAAGGUUUGUAUAAUAUUUUUCAUAAACGGCUCUAUUUAUAUCUGCCAUGCUCUAUAUUUAAGUAAAUUAAGAGAAUCAUUUGUCCGUUAGUAACUGAGAAAAUUGCAAAAAUAUUUAAAAUCUUCUAGAUAGAAAGGACUUCGCUUCGUCAUUUCUUGUGCUUUCAAGAUAGGGACGUAAAUAAAACUAGCGACGAUUUAAAAAUUUUUCGGUGUUUUUUAAAACCACCCCCUUAUGAUACCUACUCUUCUGCUUUCCUGAUACAAAGAUAAAAUAUUGAAAAUUUUUAAUUUCGCGAAUAAAAUUUUAGUACCAGGAUAACAGAAGAGCGAGUUGUUAGAAUGCAUUUUAAAAAUGGCGGGAAAAUGAGGUUAUCUUUGAAUAACUCAUAAAUGACUUGAGAUAAAGAUACACCCUUACAAAACAGUGAGUACUAUCAGAAAUCCGACUAACUCGCCUAACCCCGGGUCAUAUUCCACAUUCAGAAGGGACCUCCUAGCCGAAAAUUUUUCGCAAAUUUGGACAAAGUACUUACAAAUAUGGUGAAACCCAAAAUGGCCGGCUACGGAGAGCCAAGACACCGCAGAAUCUCCGAAACCACAUCUAGACAGCCAAAAAAAAUCGGCAACAAACAGCAGACAAAAAUGAAAGUAUGCAGAAAAUGAACCAAGAAAGUUUGGAAAAUACCAGACUCGAAAGUAACGAGAAUGCUGCCGACUCACGGCCAGAGCAGCCGCCGAGCGAUACUUACACACAGACUAGCGACCAAAAUAACGAUUCGCAAUCGUCACAGUACAGUGUCGACGGACCGAGAUCAGAUGCUUACGACAGUAUGGAGAAACUUAGAAAGACACUCGUACGUUCUAACAGUGGCUCUAGCAGCCCAGACUCAGAUGAUUCAGUCGAUUUGCACAUUGAAGAAUAAGAAUCGGAUAUAGAUACCCCGGAUACAAUAAAAAUUGUUCAACUUUUGAGAAGAAAAAAUUCAAAAAAUCCGCAUAACAGUCCAAAAUUCGAAUCUGCAUACAAAGAAGAGGACUUUGCUUCGUCAUUUUUUGUGCUUUCAUUUACAUUUAUACACAUUUCCAUUAAGAUAAGAACAUACAUAAAACUCUAGUGACAAUUUAAACAUUUUUCGGCAUUUUUUAAAACUACCUCUUUAUAUACUUACUCGCUCUUCUGCUAUCCUGAUACAAAGCUAAAAUAUUGAAAAGUUUUAAUUUCGCGAAUAAAAUUUUAGUAUCAGAAUAACAGAAGAGCGAGUAGGUAUUAGGAUGCAUUUUAAAAAUGGCGAGAAACUGAGGUUAUGUUUGAAUACCUCAUAAACGACUUAAAAUAGAGAUGUCCAACAAAGAACAUUCUAAUAUAUCUGCCAUGUUCUAUAUUUAAGGACC